AUGGAGAACCAAUGCCAUAUCUUUCCUUUUUUUAUUCCUGAGGUUUCCAAAGUGAAGGUAGAGUAUUUUGACCUGAAUGAAGAUACAGGUACUAUAAGAGGGAUUUUUUGUGUUAAGAAAAAGUUAGAAAUGGACAUUGACGUGUUUAUUUGCAACAAAAUAGUUACGGAUCCUUUCUUUUUUUGGGAACCAGCCUGCUCGGGGUCCGUAUUUGAAAAAGGUCUAGAGCUUGUGAGGAGAGGCCUAGGAUUUCCCAAAGAGGAUAGAAAAGGGCCCACCCUCGAGAAAAUGAUCACAAAGGUGAAAAAGUAA